AUGGAUUCCUACUUCUCCGACCUAUAUCGGCUUUCCGCGAAGAGAAAUGCGACGGAUCACGAGGAAGAACAAUUGCCGAGGAAGCUGACCACAGUCAGCAGUUCCGGCGGUUCCACGGUUAUAUCUGCCGAUAAGCUUUCCGUCAAGUACAGUGGCCGUAGCCUCCACGAUUACGACGCCGGCGUUUCUCAGUCUGAAGUUCCGGCGCCGACUAACUGUCUCGCUUACUACUUCGAGGUUCAUGUCAAUAAUGCUGGGGAUAAAGGAAAGAUCGCGAUUGGUUUCAUAGCGAAAGACACCGAGAUUGUGACGCGUACUGGAUGGGAGGAGAAUAGUUGUAGCUAUCAUGGUGAUGAUGGAUUCAUAUACCGUGGAGGUAUAAACUAUGCUAAUAUCACCAGUGAGACUUUUACAACCAGUGAUACAGUUGGUGGUGGUAUAAACUAUGCUUCAGAAGAAAUCUUUUUCACCAAAAACGGAGCUUUGGUAGGGACAAUCCCAAAGGUCUUCACGGGUCCUCUGUUUCCUACAGUAGCUGUACAUAGCCAAAACGAGGAGGUUACUGUAAACUUUGGAUCGGAAAUGUUUGCUUUUGAUAUUAAGAACUAUGAAGCAUCAGAGAGGAAGAAGCAACAAAUGGAAUUUGAAAAGAUAAUCAUACCUCGAGGCCAAAGUCAUAUGCUUGUAAGGAACUACUUGUCUCACUAUGGGUAUGAAGAGACUCUUAAGGCUUUCAACAUGGCUACUGAAACUUCUGUUCCUCGUAACGCUUUAGAAGAGAAAGACGCGUCAUUUUCCUUGCAAGACAGGAAACAUCUUAGAGAGCUUAUAAUGAAGGGUGAGAUUGUUGCUGCCAUUGCUAAACUCCAAGAUUGCUAUCCCGAACUUCUACAGAACGAUAAAUCAGAAGUCUGCUUCCUCCUUCACUGUCAAAAGUUCAUUGAGUUAGUCAGGAUCGGAGAAUUAGAAGAAGCUGUGAAGUAUGGAAGAGUGGAAUUAGCCAAGUUCAUUGGUUUGAAUGUAUUGACAGACAUCGUACAGGACUGUUUUGCUCUGCUUGCGUACAAAAACCCUGAGGAAUCAUCUGUGGCGUAUUUACUUGGAGAGACUCAGAAGGAAGUAGUGGCAGACGCAGUGAACGCAAUGGUUCUAUCUACAAAUGAGAACAUCAUCGAGUAUGAGUUGCUUUCUCGUCUGGAGAGACUUCUCAGACAGCUAUCGACUUGCUCUCUGCUACUUCGGACUCUGUACAAUCGCCAAGGAGAAGUCUUUUCGCUUCACCGGUUUCUUAACAACAACGUUUAG